CGUGGUGUGUGCAGUAAGGCCUCCUCCAUGUGCAAGCACACAUCAGGCACACAUGUCCCCCAUUUUCAUUAAAAGCGCAGGAAGUCAGGAGUGCAAGUCCUGAUGCCAGCUUGGCUACCACUGAAAGGGUCAGCUCUGGAGCCCGGGCUGAGGCCGGCCAGCCCUGAGCCUUAGGCCAGGGAAUGGCAUCCCUCCAGGGGUCCCAGGACCAGGCCUCUGGGGAGGGAGAAGGACUUCUGAUUGUGAAGGUGGAAGAUUCCUCCUGGGAGCAGGUAUCUGCCCAGCCAGAGGACAGCAGGGAUUUGGAGGCCUGCCGCCAGCGCUUUCGUCAGUUCUGCUAUGAGGAUGUGGGCAGGCCGCACGAGGCCUUCAGCCAGCUCUGGGAGCUGUGCUGCCGCUGGCUGCGGCCUGAGCUGCGCUCCAAGGAGCAGAUCCUGGAGCUGCUGGUGCUGGAGCAGUUCCUGACAGUGCUGCCCAAGGAGAUCCAGACGUGGGUGCAGGGACAGCACCCGGGCAGCGGCGAGCAAGCUGUUGCUUUGGUGGAGGACCUGCAGAAGCAGCCAGUGAAAGGCUGGCCGCAGGAUGUGUGCUCAGAGGAGCUGGGGCCUGAAGUUGCAGUCCAGAGAUCCCGGUCUAAGAGGCUCCCCCUGGUGGUGGGGGUGCAGAGCCAGCCACCUGUACCCUGGGAGCCACGCCGCCACACCCAGCUUCCUGCUCACCUUAAAGAGGGAAGAGGCAGAGAGGGGACCAGUGCCCAUGUGAGUUUGCCGUCGCGGUCUUCUGAGGCUGUCUGGUGGUCUGCACAGUACAGGCCUUACUUUCAUCCAGCCCAUCCUGUCCUGACCUCGGCUGCUGGGAUCCCAGAGCCAGCGGCUGAGCCGGGUCUUCUCUCCUCAUCCCAGGGACCUGUGGCCUUGGGAGACGUCCCUUUCUUUUUCUCCCAAGAAGAAUGGGGCUCCCUGGAUCCAGCUCAGAGAGAUCUUUUCUGGGACAUAAAGCAGGAGAGCUCCAGGAACACUGUUCUAGAUCUGGGGCUCAAAAGCCUGAGUGUGGAGACCGGGCUGGCCGAGGUGGCCAUGGCCCUUCCGGCCCCGGCAGGUGGAGGAGCAGGCGGCCAAGCGGCUGUGGCCUGGAGUCCUGAGAAGGCGGAGACCUGGGAGAGCGAGAACCUGCCCGGCACAGCGCUGGCCAGGCCGCCCCUCCGCAGGCGCCAGUUCCGGGACCUGGCGUCGGAGAAACAGCACAGCUGCGGGCAGUGCGGGAAGCGCUUCCGCUGGGGCUCGGACCUCGCCCGCCACCAGCGCACGCACACCGGUGAGAAGCCGCACAAGUGUCCGGCCUGUGACAAGAGCUUCCGCAGCUCCUCCGACCUGGUGCGCCACCAGGGCGUGCACACGGGCCAGAAGCCCUUCUCCUGCACCCAGUGCAGCAAGAGCUUCAGCCGCAGCGCCUACCUGGCUGACCACCGGCGCAUCCACACCGGCGAGAAGCCCUUCGGCUGCAGCGACUGUGGCAAGAGCUUUUCGCUGCGCUCCUACCUGCUGGACCACCGGCGGGUGCACACCGGCGAGCGGCCCUUCGGCUGCGCCGAGUGUGACAAGAGCUUCAAGCAGCGUGCACACCUCAUCGCCCACCAGAGCCUCCAUGCCAAGACGGCCCAGCCGGUGGGGUGACCUGCCCUGCCCGCGGACACCGCGCCUUGCUGCGAUUCUGGCCACAGCUGCUCCCCAGGGAGUUCGCCGCCUGUCUUUGUCCAUCACCUGGGCACCUGAGGGAGGGACCCCAGUGUGCCCACCCCCAUCGGGGCGCAGGAACACAGCCACCCACCUGCGAUGGUGCUUUCCCCUUUCUGCUCACGGUUUCCGGGGGCCUCAGCACUUUCCUGAGGCAGGAGUGAGAGGACAGAAGCAGGACCCAGAGGUUCCUCCAGGCACCCCUGGCCUCGCCUGGCCGAAGGCUUUGUUCCCUGCCCUCCGCCCCUCACCCUGUGCCUGCCAGCCAGGGAGGGCGCCGACGGGCCUCGGCCCCCUAGACGGGAGAAUGUGGGUCCCGGGUGCAGCCACGGGGCCUCCCGUCCCCUUCUAGGCCGUGAACAGUCGCCGUGAACAGGCCGUCAUAGCCCAGGAAGCUGCCUGCUCUGAGCCCUGAAAGCCCCCCACCUGCCAUCUAGAGGUGGCAGAGGUGGUUGUGGUGACAGGAGGUGGACCGCGGAGGUGUGGCCUGGCCGAACGAAGCCAGCACUGAGUCAGCACUCGGAGGCUGAGUCUUUACGCGAUGCUUUCUGCCCUGUACUGUGUGCGGAGUUCAGCCGAGUGGGCCUUGAAUAAACGUGGGAAUGUCA